AAAGCGAGAUGGAUUCCCUUGUUGAAGAACUGACCUGUCCGGUGUGCCUGGACCUAUACGAACAGCCUGUACUCCUGCCCUGUGCACACAGUCUGUGUAAGAGGUGCGCCGGCGACGUUUUUGCUGAAGCCUUGAGGAAACCCCAUCCACAACCUCCUGGGCAAGGGGUGGUGCCUAAGGAGCAGCAUGUUGAAUGUCCAACCUGUAGACACGAGUUCCAACUUCCCGAACUCGGAGUGGUCGGGCUACGCAAAAACACCACGCUGCAGAACAUCGUCGACCGCUACCGGGAAACAAAGAACAACACAAAGGUCCCCAAGGCAGUCCCGUGUGAGAUGUGCGACGGUGAGCCACCGGCCGAUGCCGUGAAAACCUGCCUAGUCUGUGACACCUCCUAUUGUGAAGCAUGUUUAGCGAAAUACCAUCCCAUGAAGGCAGGGCUGGCCAGGCACACAUUGAUUGAAGCAUCAUCAGCAACUCCCAAAGUACUGAUGUGUACAGAGCACAUACAGGAAAAGGUGAACAUGUACUGUGAGACAGACGAGUGUCUUGUCUGCUCUCUGUGCAAACUGGUUGGAAAACACAAGGACCAUGAGGUCGCCGCGGUGUCAGACACAUUCAAACAGAAGAAGGAAUCCAUUGGCGGAGGAGUCGCGGGACUGAUUCAGCAAAACGCAGAAGUAGAGUGUUUCGUGGAUAAGAUCCAACAGAUGAUGACAGAUGCUGAGAAAAAUUGUUCUGACAUUAAAGAGCGAGUGGAAGCGUUUGCCCAAACCCUGAUUGCCGCCAUCAUGAAGAGGAAAGAUGUGCUGCAGGCAAAGGUUGACGAGGAGAAGAAUGACAAGCUGAUGACAUUGGGCCAGCAGCUGGACCAGUGGGCAAACACCGGGACCGGCAUCUCAGCUGCUAUUACAGAGGCUGAAGCACUGCUGAAUGAAGAGGAUCCCAUCACCUUUCUACAGGUAUCCAAAUCAGUGGAAGACAGGUAA